ACGGACGUAGCGCCGGUGUGCAGGCUCACUCGCGCGCGACUGUUUACACCGAGCGGCGGUCCACCUGCGCGCUCUCGCUCUUCGGAUUUCUCUCGUUCCGACCACCCCGUGCUCGUUUCGGCGUCUACAGUGCGCGUCAUCCAGUGAUAUGUGCUGCCCGAGCUCGACAGCAGCGAGCCGGCGACGAGCUUCAGGAUAAGCAGGAUGCCGGAUACGUGUGGAAGGAGGACCGCGCUGGUGGGGGCGUUGAUCGCGGCCUGCUGGCUGCUCAUCGGCGCCACGCCGAACGGAUCCUCCGGCGAGGGAGCGCCGCCGCCAACGCGGACCGCAUCGCCAAUCGGUCCGCCGCCGCCGCCGCCGCCGUCAACGCUCGCCCCGAGUCCAACCGCCGCAGCCAAGCCCAUCGACGACGCGGCGACGGCGGCGGCGGCGGCGGCGGCGGCGGCGGCCUGGGAGUGCCCCAACAUAACGGGCCCGGGACUCGAGUGCUCCUGCGAUUUCCCGCACACGCUCAGGUGCAUCGGCGACAGGACUGCCCUUCGGACGAUCGCGCAGCACCUGCGGCACAGCCGUCCGGGGGCCAUCUCCCUGCUGGACGUCACGCUGUCGGGGAUCACCGCGCUCCCGGCCAAUUUCCUCGAGGACGUGGCGCUGCACGGCCUGGUCGUGUCCACCGGCGAGCUGCGACAGCUCAGCGAGAACGCCUUCACCGCGUUGGCGAGGCCCCUGCAGGCCCUCGGCCUGCCCAACAACCUUCUGGACGCGGUGCCUAGCGUCGCACUGGCCAAGCUGCGUGGCCUCGAGAGACUCGACCUGUCGCACAACCAGCUCAGAACGCUGGAGGCCAGCUCGUUUCAGGCUCUGAGCAACGUCAGCUACCUGGACCUGUCGUACAACCUGCUGUCGCAGCUGUCGCCGCAGGCGUUCGCCGCGCUGCCCGGCCUCAGGUCGCUCAAGAUGCACGGCAACCAUCUGACCACGGCGGCGCUGUCGGCGCUGCGCGGCCUGCGCCGCUUGGAGGAGCUCGACCUGUCGGCCAACCUGCUGAGCGGGCCGCUUGGCCAGGGCCUGCUGCCGGCGAUGCCGCGGCUGCGCCAGCUGAGCCUGGCCGAGAACGAGCUGAAGCGGGUGAACCAGAGCGCUCUGCGGGGCAUGAAGAGCCUGUCGUCGCUGAGCCUCAGCCACAACCAGAUCGACGUGCUCGAGGACCACGCGUUCAGCCAGCUGUCGUCGCUGACGCGGCUGGACCUGGCCUACAACGGCAUCGUGGACGUAUCGAGCGCGUCGCUGGCCCACUUGGAGCAGCUGCGCAGCCUCGACCUCACGCACAACUUCCUGCGCUCGCUGAACGGCGACCUGGUGGUGCCGCUGCGCAAGCUGGAGGAGUUGCGCCUCGACGACAACGACAUCUCCAUGGUGAGCAGCGACCUGCCCGUGGCCAAGCUGCGUCUCAAGAGCCUGUCGCUGGCCGACAACCCGCUCAACUGCGACUGCAGCCUGCUGGAGUUCGCCGCCUGGCUGGCCAACUCCAGCCUAGGCAGCGAGGACAGGCUGUCGGCGGUGUGCGCCACGCCGCCCGCGCUGGAGAACGGCGUGCUGGCGCAAGUGCCGCCGGGCAGCCUGCUCUGCGGCGAGCCGUCGCCGCCCGUCAUGACGCGGCUGCCGCUCGCCGCGGCUCAGCUGACGCUGCACGAGUUCCACUUCGACGAGAGCAGCGGCGCGGACCUGCUGUGGCGCGUGGAGCCCUGCACCGAGCGCUACACCUGCGACACGCUGAUCGUGUACGAGGCGCUCGGCGACAAGGAGGUGCAGAUCGUCUCGCACGCCAUCCACUGCGACUCGCGGCUGAUGCGCAACCCCUGCUCGUUGCCGGUCAGCCUGCCGACGAGCGUGCGCCUGCAGCCGGGCCACCGCUACCGCUACUGCGUGGUGCUGAUGGUGCCCAGCGCCGUCUACGACGAGCUCUCGCUCGGCCUCGGCUGCAGCGACAUCAUCGGCCUCGAGGACACGCUGCACCUGGCGCCCGACGGGCCGCCGCAGCAGCGCCAGUCGCGCCCGCAGAUCGCCGGCCUGCGCGUCAACGCCUCCGGCGACGCCUGCCUCAAGGUGGAGGUGGCCGUGUCCGCGCGAGACCGCGGCGGCUGCCAGGUCGACCUGGACGUGUUCGCCGCCGAGUCCGGCCAGGUGCACCGCCAGCGGCUCAACUGCAGCUCCGGCCCGGCCACGCUGUCGGGCCUGUCGCCGGGCCGCUACCGCGUCUGCGCCAGCGUGGACGACCGCUCGGCGCCCGGGGCCGGCCCCGGCCCGGGCCACGCCCGCUGCGUCGAGGUGCAGACCUUCCGUCGGGGCGGUGAGCCGUCCUCGUCGUCGUCGCCGCUGUUGCUGCUGCUGCUGCUCGCCGUCGUGCUGUGCGUGCUCGCGGCCCUGGCCUUCCUGGUCGGCCGGCUCUUCGUCAGGAGGACCGGCAAGCAGCGCCGGCUGGCGCCGCCCUCGCCGCCGCCGCCGCCGCAGUGCUUCGUGCCCGCCCAGCAGCUCGAGGUCGCGCGCAAGGCGCACUACAUCAAACUGCACGCGACCACCAAACUCUGACCGGCUACGGGGCUCCAGCCGAGCUCUCGGAGGCGCAGCGACCGCGUGCGGCUGGGCCUCUGCUCUCGGCUGAGCGCGCACCGCCUUGGCUCCACGGCUACGGCGACAAUAGACGCGCUAAAGACAAAUAUUGUAAAUACAAGAGUGCUGCUUACGGGUGGCUAGAGUAGGCUCCAAGCUGGAAGCUAGCGUGACGGAUUUCAGGAGAUUUGCGCGAAUGGACGAGCAGCUGUGAAAGCUGUCAGCGCUAACUUAGAAACGUUGUACAUACAAUAAUUUUCUUGGUCUUUCUCACCGAAAUUCUCACUAACUCAGGGGGUUAGCGAAGCUUAUUCACGUAGCUACUUAGGAUGCAAUGGAAAAUCGUUAACACAGCUACGUUCACCUGUACAAAAUAUUAUUACACUCAUGUAGACGUACUUUGCUUCCAAUACUUUUGUAAAUACUCUCCUUUUUUUUAAGUGAUCAGUUACGAAUGUAUAUCAAAUGCUCUAAAAUUGUUGUUGAUCUUUAUACAUUAUUAAUAAACACGUCU